UGUCGUUCCCACUCCGUAUCCGUACACGUCGAGAGAGCACGAGUCUUGAUUGACGUGCACGAUGACACUUCUGUGUAGAGCAUAGUUUGUCAAUAUAUCAUGUUUCAUCGGUUCAUUAGUUUAGAAGCUAACUUUGGUUUUUAAUUAAGUGUGGAAACGUGCGAGGGGCGUGUCAACUUGUCACUGAUGCAAUAACUCGCAAUAUAUUAACAAGCAUGACUGGCCUGGGGAUAGACUUUGAGGACGAUUUCUUCUUCGAGGAGGAUAAAAUGUUGGUUACGUAAAGAAUUGUGGAUCUUGAUUUUUCAUUAGUCAAAGUCUCUUGUACUACGUUCGUUGUGCUACAUUGCAGCCUUAAUGUGCUUUCUUUUGGUCGUAAAAUGCAUGCCUGAUUGCCGCGGUGCGGUGGGAAAAGUCUAGCGACUCGGGCUAUUCCGGCUAUUCGACACUCGCAAGUACUAGCAUGCUUCAGUGUUCGAACGAAUCGACUUUGGCCGAAGCUCCUUCCGCUCUGACCACCGUACCAUCGGCUAGCAUGGAGCUGCACCAACUGGCUAUGAUGGAAGAUCGCAUGGGCAUGACAAUUACAUCUGGGAACGUCGUAAUACAGAAGGAUACCAGUAAUCUAAUCGGCAUAAGCAUCGGGGGCGGUGCACCGCUUUGCCCGUGUCUUUACAUUGUACAAAUCUUCGACAACACGCCGGUUGCUGUAGACGGUACUCUACAAGCGGGCGACGAGCUUGUUGCAGUGAACGGAGCAUCGGUGAAGGGUAAAACUAAAGUGGAGGUUGCAAAAAUGAUACAAUCCUGUGACUCGCAAGUCAGCAUUAAUUACAACAAGUUACAUGCCGAUCCAAAGCAAGGUCGCACGCUCGACAUCGCCCUCAAGAAGGUAAAGCAUAGACUUGUAGAAGGAAUGGGUAGCACUACAGCUGAUGCACUUGGACUGUCGCGAGCGAUCCUUUGUAACGACGCCCUCGUACAAAGAUUAAUGAUGUUGAAACGCACGGAAAAUUUCUACAGAGGCCUUGUUACGCACGCUAAAGCUACAUUACAUGCUUUCUUCGAUCUGACCCAAAUUUAUAAAGUAUUCGGAGAUGCUUUCGCUGCCAUAGGAGUGCGAGAGCCGCAGCCGCGUGCCAGUGAAGCCUUCAGACAAUUUGGAGAGCAGCAUAGGCAAAUGGAAAAGUUCGGAGUGAUAAUGCUCAAGACUCUGAAACCAAUACUGAGCGACUUGGGAACGUAUCUUAACAAGGCUAUACCGGAUACCCGGUUGACCAUUAGCAAGUACGCCGAUGCAAAAUUCGAAUAUCUGUCGUACUGUUUGAAGGUAAAGGAAUUGGACGACGAGGAGCAAAGCUGCGCCGCUCUGCAGGAGCCUCUUUAUCGCGUGGAAACGGGCAAUUACGAGUACCGUCUGGUACUGAGGUGUCGACAGGAAGCUCGCGCGAGGUUCGCGAAGCUUCGCUCAGACGUGCUGGUGAAGCUUGAACUGCUGGACAAUAAGCACGUUCAGGACGUCGUGUGGCAACUGCACAAGUUCGCGGCAGGUCUAGCCAAGUAUUACGCCAACACGCGGGACCUGUUGUCGACGGUGACGUUGUUCCCGGUCGAGGUCGACCUGUCGCAUUCCGCGUUUCAGUACAAAUCUACCGGGCCGCAGACUCUGACGGACUCGAGCGAGGAUAUUGAAGAGUACGAUUCCGACGAGAGGAUGCUCAACAUUAACGAGGAACUUCUCAUCGACACAUCAAAUUUCCCGCCGGAUUCAACCGAUAAUACAUAGCAAUACUUAAUGAGUUUCUAAAGAAUUUCGGGAUAAAUAAGACCUUUCUUACAAUCUGUAUACGCGUACAUAAUAGCGAAUUCGGCAGCUUGCACUAGUGCGCACUCAGUGCGCAUGACUUGUAUACAGUCAAUUCUUAUACUUGAGGAUCGUUUUAAAUACUUUUUGAAAUGCUUCUUAGCCAGUAAAAUGAUUUAUAUAGCUUUCGUACGGAUCAUUUUAUUGGAUAAAUAGUUUUUGGACACGUGCUUAAGAUGACCAUAAAUAUAAGAUUCUGAACAAGUCUUGCGUACACUUGGUGCGCACUAGUUCAAGCUGCCAAAUUCGGUAUAAGAUUUAAUUAGGCUUCGGAAUUCGACUUCUGCUUUCAAUGUAACUGUGAUUAUAGAAUUAAAAUAAGAGAAAAUAAGACGCACGCGUGUCACGCGUGUGAUAUAUAUAUACAUACCAUUAAUGUAUAUUUACUAAAAUAAAAUUAUUACCAAAGA